UGUUUGGCGCGUUUCUUUUUAUCCAGCUGGACCGUUUGCGGCGAUUGUUGAUUUCUGUUGCGGUUUGCAUUCGUCCGUCAGUCCGCGUUUGUAAAUUUUUAUAUUUCGCAUCACAGACGAUGAACUUUGACCUUGACCUUCCUGGUACUUACGCUGGUCGGUUAAGGACACUUCACUGCAUCAGAAGCUUAAGAAAUUGAUCAUUAUGAACAGAAAGAGCAGCGUUUCUCUUGGAAAUGCCGGGGGAGGUCGAAGAAAGUCCUCCCUGGUAUCUCGCAUGAUAGGCAGCCAAGGCAGCCAGGAAUGCAAUGAAAUGCCAUCCGCUCCAAGGCCACCAGCCGCUUCUUACUCGUUCAUGCAAAACCAGAAUAGCAACCGGCAGACUCUCAUGCUCCCAGAGGCCAUGCCAUCCUCUUCAAGGUCCAAUAGGUUUGGCUAUAACACAGAGUCGAGGAGUAGAAAGCGUUCGCUGUCUCAAGAGCCUCCGACUCUUGACAAGAGAAGAACCUUUUGUGUAGGAGGCCCAGAUCAGCAUAGUAAAGCAGCAGGACUCUUGCUUACCCCAGUCAGAACAAAUAUAGCCAAAAGUCCAGGAUACAGUGGCCUCUCCUCUGUCAAUAGAAGUGCCUCGUCUAGGCGCAACAGCUCCAAGUUGCACAUUAUUUCUGAUGCAGGACAGAAGUUGAAGGACCCGCGCCCCAUCAGCGAUAAGAAUUUCCAAGCCAAUGCCAUAUCCAAAAUACAGAAUUUCUUGCGUCGUUCGAAUCCUGCCUUGGCAAACAUCAAGCUGAAGCCGCUUAGCAAUUCAACAUUGGUGCAGGUUUUCAACGCCAUUUACAAGGAAUUGGAUCCCAUCACCCAAGUUACCAACAGUGACUACGCAGACAAAAUCAGCAACAUAAUGAAGAAUUUGGGAUAUCCUUCUAACAUCAGCAAGUCUAGUUUUGUGGCUGUUGGUUCAGGUCACGGAGGUGUUCAAAUUUUGGCCAUGCUGUCUUGGUUAGUGGACUGCGUUGAAUUCACGAUGACUGUGGAUUUUGAGAAAACCAGCUUCCCUGUUGAUACCGUCGACCAGAAGACUCACAAAGCCCUGUGUGGCACCAUUCUUAGGUGGUACAAUCAUGUCAAAAGUGGCGAGCCCGAUUUGGAACAGACGGAAGUUAAUGACGUUUUGAUGUGCGAAAUGGGAGAGUCUCCUGAGGAACAACUACAGCUGGAUGAUAUGAUCAACACCAUUCAGCAGGAGAUUAAGAAUCUCAUGGAAGACCCUCGUAAAAUUGAGGAUGAUGAAAAGGUCCAGCAAAUUGACAUCAUCGAAGGAAGAAUCAACAAGUACAAGGAGGAAAUUGAAGGAUACCUAAUUUCUUGUGGCACUUUGAAAGCAAAAAUCAAUACUGAAAAGGAAACAAUAAGAUCUCUUGAGGGUGACAACAAUCGAUAUCAGGACAUGUGUUCUGAAAUCAGUGACAGAGUAGAAAGACAACCAAUGAGACACACCGACAGGGACAAAAUUGUGCAAGAGUGCAAAGAAAUUAAAUUAGAAAUUGAGACUAAAAACGAACAUCUGGCAAUGGUCCAUCGUAUUAUAGGCACCUCUGAUUUGAAAAUAACCAAGUUGCAAUCAGAUAUCCGCUCCAUCAUCCAUGAGAUCAAUGAGAUUGUUCUGGGGCAUCAGCUUGCUGAGCAGUACAAGUGGACACACAACCCCACACAUGCUGAUGCCAAAGAGCAGAUGGCGCUCUCUAAAAGCUAUUGGAGCAAGGGCAUUGAAGGCAUGGAGUUCAACAAUGAUAGGGACACCUCAUGCAUUUUGAAACUUGUAAAGGACAUCGAGGAGCUUUCGGAAACUGGAGAAUCACAAAAGGAAGAGCUCCAGAAGAUAUUGAAUGACUGCGAUCAACUUGAUAGCAAGAUUAUUGAGAGCCAGAGCUUUAGCCGAAUGUCUGAGCAGGAGCUGAAUGAAAAGAUUGAAAUAGUUCGAGCUAUCUGCUUCCAAAAGGUGAAGGAGAAGGAGAAGAUGCCAAAACUCGAUGACGUGGAGCAAAUGACGUCAAAAGUUGGGAGUGAAAAGCAAAAGGCCCAGGCUGAUUUCCGUUCUAGGAGAGAGUUUGUUGAGGGAUAUUUCUUCCCUGCUUUUCAAAAAAUGCAAGCUGAGUUCGCUGAAGAAUUGUGGAGAGAUGGAGUAAAACCGUUCGAGGAAAUCACUACAAAAUUUGAAAAGUAAUUAAAUACUACUGAUGUGUUUUCCGCGAAUUUUCCUCUGCACAAUUUUGUACAUCAGCAAAUAUUUCCUUGGUCUUCAAGAUCUGUCUGUAAGAUAAACUGUGGCUUUAAAAUGAAGUUUAAUAAUAUAUUAAGAGGAAACAGAAGAAAUGUAAAGAGUUAAAAAUAAAACUUUUUAAUCUUUUAUAA